CAAAGAAAUUGCCAAAAUAUUCAAAGUCAUCCCUUCUCAGCAACAGAUAAAUCAGUUGAUAAUCUUUUUGGCUAUAAAAGCAACAUUAUCUCUGUUUAUUCGCAUUACGUUUUGCUUUCACACAGUGGUAAACAAUUAACAAUGUGUGCAUCUAGUAAUUUUGAGAAACAACUCCUCUCUGUUCUUGAUGACGCAGCUAAGAAACUCAACUUAACCAACUAUUCGGUAAAUCUGAAUCUCACAGCAAAUAAAGGAGAUGGAUUUUUGGGUGAAUUCUACAAAGUUUCAAUAACAGACAACGAAACUAACCUUACUCACCAUUUGGUGAUAAAGAGAGCUCCAACAGAAGCCGUAAGAAGAACCCAAGACGAGAUAGAAGAAAUUUAUAGAAACGAAAUUUUCUUCUACACGGAAGUGUACCCGGCGUUCAAACAAUUCGAAAAGGAGCAGCACAUGUGUGAAGCUUUUGACUCGAUUCCCGAAUUUGUGACGUGCUGCAAAGAGCCGGGGCGAGAGCUUUUGGUUUUUAAAGACAUUACAAAAGCGGGGUUUGAACUGCGGGAGAAAAAUUUACUGCUGGAUGACCAACAUACGAGAUACAUUUUCAAGACUUACGGGCAUUUUCACGCAAUUUCGUUUUGUAUGAAAGAGCAGGAUUGCGAAAAGUUUGAAACGUUGACAAAGUCACUGAAAAAUAUCUGGCUACUGUUUGCCAAACGAAAAGCCUUCCGUGAAACACUUGCAAAAAUUUCGGAAAAAGUAUGUGAAAGUUUAGAUCCAAUUAAGGAUUCUAAAAUCGUGGAAAAGUAUCAAAACUACAAAAAUAAUUGCACCGAAAUCUUUGAAAAAAGUGGACAUUAUGAGGGAAAAUAUUCCGGGAUUAUUCAUGGAGAUUGUUGGUCCAAUAACAUGAUGUUCAAAUAUCAGGAACCAGCUAAAUCGAAACUAGUUGACAUGAAUUUAUUAGAUUUUCAAUUAUUCACAACCGGUACUCCUGUCUACGACUUAUCGUACUUUUUCUACACAGGCGGUUCGAAAAAAUUGUUCGAUAAACUAGAAGAUUAUUUAGAUAUUUAUCAUGCUAGUUUUUGCAAAACUGCAAUAAAUCUCGGUUGUGAUCCCAGAAAAUUAUUACCAAGAAAAGUCUUGAGUGAAGAAUGGAGAAAAUAUGCCAAAUACGGAAUGAUUCUUGCAUUCGUUUUAACUAAAAUUAAACUCACAAGUAAAGAAGACCACAUUGCAAUGGUGGAAAACGCUGAUAAGCAAAAAAGCGUUGAUGAAGAUGUAGAUGCUGGAGAAACAUUUAUGCAAGUGAAAUAUGACGAAGAGUUGUUUAAGGAAAGAGUCCGCGAUAUCUUGCUGCAUAUGUACGAAAUAGAUGCUUUAUGAAAUAAAGAAAUUGAAGUAUU